AUGAGACUGGUCGGCUUGACGGGUGGAAUUGCUUCGGGGAAGAGCACCGUCUCUGGCCUCUUCAAAUCCGCCGGCGUCCCUGUCGUCGACGCCGACAUUGUGGCUCGGCUUUAUGUUGAGGCCAAAGACAUAUACUGGUUUUCACAGUGGUGUUUUUUCAUCCCUGCUGCUACUUGCAGACUCACAGUAACAGGACAGAACUGGGAGUUUUGUUGGGCGGUUAAGAAAUCCAAUUGUAUGUAUGCAUUGCUUAUUGCUAUUAUAAAUGUCUAUGGGAUGACAAAAAUCAAUGGUACAGCAUUAUUACAAUCCCUGAAUGUAGUGCAGAAAGGUACUGGAGGUUGGAAGAAGAUUGUAAAAACUUUUGGAAAUGACAUAUUAUUGGAAAAUGGAGAAAUCGACAGAGCUCUCUUAGGUCAGAUUGUUUUCUCUGAUCCAGCAAAAAGGAAACUUCUAAACCGUCUUCUGGCCCCACAUAUUUCAUUUGGUAUAUUUUGGGAGAUACUAAAACUGUGGGUGAAGGGAUGCACGGUUAUCAGUGUCGACAUCCCGCUGUUGUUCGAGACAAAGAUGGACCGAUGGACGAACCCAGUGGUUGUUGUAUGGGUGGAUCCCAAAACACAGAUUGAGAGGCUCAUGUUAAGAGAUGGGUGCAGCGAGGAACAAGCUCAGAACAGGAUCAGCUCACAGCUUGCGCUGGACUGGAAGAAGUCCGAAGCCGAUAUAGUGAUCAACAAUUCUGGCUUACUGGAGGACACAAAAGAACAGUUCCGAGAAGUAUUGAAGCAAGUCUCUGCUCCCUUGACAUGGAAGGAGCGCAUGAGAUCCAGGGAUGGCUUUCUGUCUAUCGUCAUGUGCACGGCAGCGGGGGUUUUACUUGCUCGGAAGAAUCUGGUAUGA